CACCCAGAGCUAGCAACACGUGUUUUCUUGAUACAGCGGAUAUUUUGCGAUUCAGUUUUUUAAACAAAAACGAUCAAGUAACAAAAGAUAAUCAUCGAGAUAAAUGUGUUUCAUCGAGUAUUGAAAAAUGCCACGAGGUACCAAGGAAUCCGAGGAUGAUCUCGAGCCCAGAGCCCGACGAACACGAGCAACAGCCCACUCAGUCACAAAUUCCCCCCUGCGUCGUAGCACGAGGAACAGACAGACGACAAAAGAUGAUUCAUCACCAGAGUCUGUGACGAGUGAUGCUGGGCCAUCGACGAGGACGAGGAGACGUAGAACACCGACAUUGGAGUCGAUGCAGGCCGAGCCGGUGAGGAGCUUGAGGUCCAGGAAGACGUCGACCACAUCUGAUGUCUCCGAGACCACUGAGAGCGAAACAGGGGGUGAAGGGAAAAAGAGGACCACAAGAAAGAGCUUGGUGGCACCCUUGGGCAUUGAAACACCCAUCGAAGCCAGAUUGAGACGAACCACCAGAGCAGGCUCUGAAUCAAAAUCAAUUUCCCCGAUGGUCCGUCUGACUCGUCGCACACGUGCGUCCUCAGUGGACCCAGACACAACAAAGGACCGUUCUCCCACGACGCCCUCCACGCCCCUCCGCAGUGGCAAGCAACGAGCCUCGGUGCUCCCCUCGGAGCUCCCAGUCGUCGAGGAAAUCGAGAAGCACCCCAAGGCCCUCCUCCCCGAGGACGAAGACGUCUUCCUGAUGGAGUCCACCCCCUCCCAGCCCGCUGCCCCUUCCCCGAGCACCCCCCUGCCCCAGAAGCCCGGGCCAGCCCCAGUCGAAGAAACCCGCGAGUCCCUGGAGGCCUCCCUGGAGGCGCUGAUCACCUUCACGACCCCUAAAACCCCUCCGAAAUCCUCGGACAGUCGUCAGGAGAUGAUGGACAACGCCAGUGACAAUGCCCUGAAGGACCUCCCCAAGGUCCUGGUGGAGAAAGCGCACCUGGAGACGAGUCCGGGGAACAAGGAGAACGAGAAGGCCCCCAGGAUCACCUCGGAGCGUCCCCUGAAGUUCUUCAGGGCCGCCAGCACAGAUCGAAAGUCCCAGAGCUCAACCGUCCUGGAGUGUCUGGAGGUGGACUCACGUUCAAAUAUCGACAAUAAGCUCUCGAAAUCAAGUACUCCAGGUUCAAAACUGAUGGAGAAGGUGAUCACCAUGGAGAGCGAUCUCGCUGACAAAGGACUGGAGGAGAAGGAGGAUUCAAUCAUCUUCGUUGAUGACACCGACACUGAUGAGGCGCCUCUCGAGGUUUUCAGGAACGAUAAAUCCUCGGAGAAGCCUCUGAAUGACGAUGAGAUCAUCAUCGCUGCUGUUGGCAAUGACGAGAUGUCUCCCUGCAAGUCGCAGACUCCUGAGGACGAUGGACCUGGGGAGGAUUCGAAACCUGAAGUGCCCAAGGAGAGCUCUGAGGGAGUUGAGCAGGAGGAGGACCCGGUGGAGGCCCAGCUCAAGAACCUCUUCAGGGAUAUUCCAGCUGAGGAGUGGCAAAGUGGGAGUUGCAAGUCUCCGGUGAACGUCGAGGAUGAGGAGAAGAGCGACACAGGCUCGGAUAUCGUGCUUGUGGGAUGGUCUGCUGAUGAGAAUGAACUCGAGGAGAAGGCGAAGGAGAACUUCAGCUACGAUUCUGAUGACAUUGUUGUCAUGCAGAAGAGGAAGGAGAUGUCUGCUAGGGAGAAGGCCACACUGGAGGAGGUGGGGGAGGAUACUGAAAUGGAUGACGAGGGAAACUUGCAGAGGAAGUCUGGGAAGUCGUCGAGGAAGUCAACUGAUGACGUUGGAGCGCCUGGGGGAAAAAACAGAAAGAGUGCCUCGAGGAGAUCUCUGGAGACGGAGACGGAUUCUGACGAGGGAGAAUGCACAAAUCCAGAUCUUGAGGAGGAACUGAAUAAAUCUAGGGAACUGAUUUAUAGAUUCGAAUCAGGAAUCAUUGAUUUUUCAGAGGAUUUCGAGAAGUUUAAGAGAAAGUCUCGAGUUGUUGGACAGGGGAAGAAAUCAGAUGCUGAGGAAAGUGGGGAGUCCAGGAAGAGUCGUUUGUGGAUGUGGAAGUCUCUUGGAAGACGUGGAGAUGACGACCAGGAAGAGAAAUCUGAAGUUGCAGAGGGUCUAGAUCAGUCUGGGAAAAGUAUUUCUUCUGAAUUGAGAAAGUCUCUGGGGAAAUCGAACAGUCCAGUGGGAGAUAAUGAUGAAGCUAUGGACGUUGAUGUGGAUGGUGACGAAGAGAUGUCGAGACCUGAGUCCGAUCCAAGAGAAAUUCAAAUGGAAGUUCCGUCUGACGACGAGUCAAUUGAAGUCGAUAAACCAGAGGAUGAGAAGAGAAAUGCAAGACAUUCUGAAACCCCUCUGUCACCGUCAAAGAAAAUGCCAGUGCUUGAGCGUCAGCCCACAUCACCACGUAAUGCGGAGGAAAUCAUGAAGAAAUGUCCAGAAAAAUCGAGGAAGAGUCUCUCAAGAAAAUCCAUACAUGAAGGAAAAAAUCCAGUUGAGCAGAAGGAAAAAGAAGAUUCUAUAGUAGAUGAAGAAGACACAUCACCAAAGAUUCAGGAUGGUGUUGAUAAAUCGACGAGGAGUGCCAAUCAGUCAGGAUUACGAGUUUCUCUUUCUAAGAUUCAGACUCCAGUGAAACAAAAGCAAUCAUCUUCGUUGGAAGAAGAUAGAGGACCAUCAGUCCAAGAUAAAUCGGAGAGUAUCACCUCGAGGAAGUCACUACCUGUCUCGAAGACUCCCCUAAAACUCCAGCAAAACGACGAAAAAUUCUCUUCUGAGGAUGAAGAUCCUGAAGAGAUCACCAGGAAAUUCAAUAAAUCGAAGGGAGUCUUGGCUCAAUCCUGCGAGAAAGCAGAAUCAUCAUCUUUGGAGGAAAAAACUGAACUAACGGGUAAUGAAGAUGCCCCAGAAGUUAAGAAGACCCUUGAAAAAUCCAGGAGCCUCAGAACAUUAUUGAGGCAACCGCAAUCAAAUGGAGAUGAUGAGAAAACUUCUCAAAAAAGAAAUUCUCUCACAGUCGAGAAAUCAUCAUCAGAGGAAAAAGAAGAUGAGCAAGAAGAUGAUGAAGGGACUCCAGAGGUUGAAGAGGGCCUCAAUAAAUCCGAGAAGAGUCUCAGGAGAUCAUUGACUCAAUCAAAAACAAAUGAAGAUGAUGAGAAAACUUCUCUUCAGAAGCGGAAAUCUCUCGCAGUUGAGAAAUCAUCAGAUGAAGAUGAUGAUGAAGAGACUCCAGAGGUUGAAGAGGGCCUCAAUCAAUCCGAGAAGAGUCUCAGGAGAUCAUUGACUCAAUCAAAAACAAAUGACGAUGAAGAGAAAACUUCUCUUCAGAAGCGGAAAUGUCUCGCAGUUGAAAAAUCAUCAAAUGAAGAAGAUGAUGAAGAGACCCCCGAGGUUGAAGAGGGCUUCAACAAAUCCAAGAAGAGUCUCAGAAUAUCAUCAACUCAACCAAAAGAAAAUGAAGGUGAUGAAAAAACUUCUCAGAAGCGAAAAUCUCUCGCAGUGGAAGAAUUUUCAUCAGAAGAGGAAGAAGAUGAAGAAACCCCAGAGGUUGAGGAGACUCUUGAUAAAUCGAGGAAGAGCCUGAGGAAAUCAUUGACUCAGUCAAAACAAAAUGGAAAUGAAGACUCUGAAAAUUCUGGUAAAACUUCAGAAGAGAAAGAUGAUGAUGAUGACGAUGAUGAUGAAGACACUCCAGAAAUUGAAGAGCUCAAAAAAACCUGGAGAAACCUGAGAAGAUCUUUAAGUAAAUCAAAUAUUCCAUUAAAACAAGAAGAAGAUGAAGAAUCUGAAGAAUCAGAGAAAACUUCUCAAAAGCGAAAAUCUCUCACUGUUGAAAAAUCAUCUUCAGAAGAGGAAGAAAAUGAUGAAGAAACCCCAGGGGUUGAAGAGACUCUUAACAAAUCCAGGAAGAGCCUCAGAAAAUCAUUGAUUGAAUCCCAAACUCCAUCCAAGCAAAAUGAAGAUGAAUCCAAAAAAUCUCCGAAAACUUCUCAAAAGCGAAGAUCUCUUACAAUCGAAAAAUCGUCAUCAUCAGAAGAGGAAGAAGAUGAAGCCCCAGAGGUUGAAGAGCCCCUCAACAAAUCUUUGAAGAGCCUCAGAAAAUCAUUGAAUGAAUCCAAAACUCCAUCCAAGCAAAAUGAAAAUGAAAGUGAAAAAUCCAAAAAAUCUUCUCCCCAAAAGCGAAUAUCUCUCGUAGUUGAAAAGUCAUCAUCAGACGAAGAUGAAGAAACCCCAGAGGUUGAAGAGGCCCUCAACGAAUCCACGAAAAAUCUGAGAUCACUGAUCAAAUCCAAAACUCCAUCCAAGCAAAAUGAAGAUGAAACAUCCAAAAAAUCUCCUAAACCUUCUCCCCAAAAGCGAAAAUCUCUCACAAUCGAAUCAUCAUCAUUAUCAGAAGAUGCCGAAAAAGAGCUUGAAGAUAACGUCGAGGGGAAGCGAAGUGUGUCGACGCAAGUCCAGGUGAAUUCAAACUCAGAGUCUGACGAAGACAUUGACUCUGACGUCGAGCAAUCGAGGGUCGUUUCUUCUCUGUUCUUCGGUGAAGACUCAGAUUCUAGCGACUCUGACGUAAACUCCGACAUCGCGAGGGAGUACAAUUUGAAUGGAGCCAGUUCUGAGGAGCACUCGGACGAUGACGUCCCUGGAGACGACCUCAAUGGGUCUGAUAACGUCGACGGGAAGCGAAGUGUGUCGACGCAAGUCCAGGUGAAUUCUAACUCAGAGUCUGACGAAGACAUUGACUCUGACGUCGAGCAAUCGAGGGUCGUUUCUUCUCUGUUCUUCGGUGAAGGCUCAGAUUCUAGCGACUCUGACAUAAACUCCGACAUCGAGAGGGAGUACAAUUUGAAUGGAGCCAGUUCUGAGGAGCACUCGGACGAUGACGUCACUGGAGACGACCUCAAUGGGUCUGACUUCGAAGAGGCUUCUGAUAAAGAAGACGCGGGAGAGGAGUUCGAUGAUUUCAUCAAUGACGAUGAUCAUGAUGAUGAAGAGGAAGAAGAAGAAGAUGAAACCCUAGGAAUCGACGAGGAAGAAGAGUCAGAGGUGUCCGUUUCGCCCCCAAAACCCACCAAAAAAGAUCAUGAGAAGUUGAAUCUGAGGGCUAACAAGAAUCUCAAUGAACUGGAGGACACGUCUGUGAAGAAGCCGAAGAGCUCGACCUCAGAGGUGCUCAGGACCCCGAAACCAUCGACCCCAGGUGUUCCCAAGGCCUCAGAGAAACCCAAGCAAACUCCAAAGUCACUCCCCCCUUUGAAAAAGCCAAAGUUAGCAAAGAAAUCAGAGAUGAACCUCACGAUGAUCCGGGAUGAUUCAGAGUUAGCAGACACCAGACUGUUGAUGAAAGAGAAGUUGAAUGACUCGAUGCCAAUCCUGAAGAUGAAGAGGAUGUCCUGUAAGAGGAGUGACCUGGAGAUUCUUCCUGAGGAUAAGUCAGAUGAGGUGAAGGAGGGGAAGAAGAAGAAAAAAUCGAAAUCGAAUAAGCACAAGAUUCCUGAAGGAGACGAUCCUGAGGAGAUCGAGGAAGUGAAUCUGGAAGUCAGUGAUAAGAAAUCUAAGAAGAAGAAGAAGAAGCUGAACAGCUCAGAGAAAAUGAGUUUCAGCCCCAGCAGAAAUGAAUCGACGAAACGAAAGAAGAAUAAGGAAAUCGAUGUUGAGAUGAAUCCUGAAGUGCCAAAACCGAAGAAGAAGAAGAUUCAGGUGGUGAAAUUAGUUGACAGUGACUCUGACGACGAGCCUGAGGUGCUGUCCUUCAGUCAGGGUCGGGGACAGGCGCUGGCAGCCUUGAAGAGAGAGCAGGAGAGCAUCAGGGCGACCAAAGAAGCUAAAAGUCAGAAGAAGAUUAAGGGGAAUUCAGGGAAUUCCAGUGUUAUCCCCAGGAAAACGAUCAAACGACUGCCUGAGGAGACCCUUGACAACCUCUCCGACGUGCCUCUGAGGCCCAAGAAGAAGAGGAAGAUCAAUCAUGACGUCUUUAUGCCCACGAGAACCAUGUUCGAUGACGAGAACAAAAAACCCAGGAGCAUGAAUAUUGAUGAUGAAUUCAUGCCUCUCAGCUUGUCUGGGGGCACGACUACCUUUGAAGUCGUCAGUUUGAGGAAGAAGAAGGAGAGGAAGACCUCGAGCCGCAGUUUCAGGGAGAGGAUGAUGAAUAGAGUCAGUCGUCAACCCAUUUCUGCGUUCAUGGUUCAUCAGCAGAAGCUCCAAGCCUCUGGCAAGAAUAAGUAUUGAGGAAGAGUUUUGUUUUUGGGGGAUUGUCGAAGGGAUGAGCAUUCUCAGGGGUAAAUUUUAGGGGCUUUUCUUUUGGAGGAGUUUUGGUUUCAAUUAAUAGAAGAGAGGAAAUUAAUUUAUGUUUAUUUUGGUUAAUGUUGAUCAGGAAAACGGGGGGAGCACGUAUAAAAAAAUUCAAUAGAAAACCUUUGCGCGAAUUCGCUAGAAAAUUCUAUUGGAAUUCUCUAGAAA